AUGAACAACGACGAACUAAUAAAAUACGCCUCCGACGCCGCCUCGCGCGGUGACGACCUCUUCGCCCUCCUCACCUCCGAGUCCAUUCCAAUCGACGCCACCUCCACCGAAGCCGACCUCCGGCGCGCCUUCCGUCGCAAAGCCCUGACCGCGCACCCUGACAAAGCCGGUGACGCCUACGACCCAUUGCUCUACGAACGGCUCGAGCGCGCGCGCGAUGUGCUUAUCCACGCCGAGGCGCGCGCCGCCUACGACAACGGCAUGCGCGCCAUCCUGCAGAAGAAGGCGACGCUGGACGCCAUGUCGGCGCGUCGGAGAAAACUUGUAGAAGAGCUGCAUCAGCGCGAAGAGGCGGCGAAACGGCAGAAGGUGGAUGAGGAAAAGGGAAAACAAGCAGUGGCGGCGGAGGUGGAGGCCAUGGCGAGGAAGGGGAGGGCCAAGUUGGAGGAGAGGAGGAGGUUGAUGAGGGAGGCGGAAGAGAGGGAGCGUGCUGCCGAGGCUGCUGAGGCUGCCGAGAAGGAACGACAAAAGAAGAAAGAGGAGGAUGUGAAGAUGGGUGGGACCGGUGCCGGUAGCGAACAACCUCCAACAGCUGACGGCGUCAACGUCAACGGGGGUGGAGAUGAUUACGACUCCAAGAUUGCCGAGCUAGAACGCAAGCUCGAAGAAAAGCGCCAGCGGAAAGCAGAGAAGGAAAGGAAAAAGGCAGACAAGAAAGCGGGCUCGGGCAAGGACAAGGACAAGGACAAGGACAAUCAAGACAAACCCCCCUCCACCUCCAACACGACACGAGAAGAAGAGUCAAAGGCUGACGAAAACAAGGCAGCCCAACCACCACCACCACAGCCAGCACCAGCGCCGACGAAGGAACCAGCUGCUCCUGCUACGGGCGAGCCUGCGAAACCAACAGCAGCCGGUGGUGGUGGCUUCGCGGCUACCAUGGCAAGGCUGAAAGCCGCUCAGGCGAAGCGGGAUGAAGAAUGGAGAAAGAGAGAGGAGGCUGAAGCUGCGGUAGCGCAGGCUCAGUCGUCAUAG